GCCUGGAUGAGGGAGAGGGAAAGAGAGAGAUUGAGUCGCCUGAGGAGAAAACUGGACUUAGCCGGGCCGUUAGAGCGGGUAUGACCCUUCGGGGCCGCAGGUCGGCCCCGCUUCCCUCUCUCCCGGGCAGAUUUCUGUGGCUAUGAACUAAUAUGAUUGGCUAGCCUUAUUGGCACUAAAAUCUAAUGCCCCCACCGAUAACUUGGAAGGAUUGAACACUCACAAAAGGGAAUGUUACGGUGGACAGUUCAUUUAGAAGGUGGGCCUCGAAGAGUAAACCACGCUGCUGUGGCUGUUGGACAUAAAGUCUACUCUUUUGGUGGUUACUGUUCUGGUGAAGAUUAUGAAACUCUACGACAGAUUGAUGUUCAUGUAUUUAAUGCAGUCUCUCUGCGUUGGACCAAACUACCACCAGUGUGGACGAACAGCAGGGACCAUGUGAGAGAAGUUCCUUACAUGAGAUAUGGGCAUUCUGCGGUGCUGAUUGAUGACACUAUCUACAUCUGGGGAGGCCGUAAUGAUACUGAGGGAGCCUGCAAUGUAUUAUAUGCCUUUGACGUCAACAUACACAAAUGGUUCACUCCAAAAGUUUCUGGAAUGGUUCCAGGAGCAAGGGAUGGACAUUCAGCAUGUGUCUUGGGAAAGAGCAUGUAUAUUUUUGGAGGAUAUGAGCAACUGGGAAAUCUUGAAGAAUUAAAUUCAAGAGUUUUCUUGUCUGGGAACAAGGCUGAUUGUUUUUCAAAUGACAUCCACAAACUUGACAGUAGCAACAUGAUGUGGAGUUUGAUCUGCACUAAGGGCACACCAGCUCGAUGGAGAGAUUUCCAUUCAGCCACAAUAAUUGGGACAAAGAUGUAUGUGUUUGGGGGAAGAGCAGAUCGCUUUGGGCCAUUCCAUUCCAACAAUGAGAUUUACUGUAACCGAAUCAAAGUAUUUGACACAGACACAAACUCUUGGCUGGAUUCUCCUCCCACUCCUCUUCUCCCUGAAGGCAGACGAAGUCAUUCAGCAUUUGGCUACAAUGGAGAAUUAUAUAUAUUUGGUGGUUAUAAUGCACGCCUGAACAGACACUUCCAUGACCUUUGGAAAUUUGAUCCAGUCUCUUUUACCUGGAAGAAAAUUGAACCCAAAGGGAAAGGGCCAUGUCCUCGCCGUAGACAAUGCUGCUGUAGAGUAGGGGACAAGAUCAUCCUCUUUGGUGGCACCAGCCCAUCUCCAGAAGAAGGCAUGGGAGAUGAAUUUGAUCUGAUGGAUCACUCAGACUUGUACAUCUUAGACUUCAGUCCCAGCUUAAAAACGCUGUGUAAACUGGCAGUGAUCCAGUACAAUCUGGACCAGUCUUGCCUCCCUCAUGAUAUAAGAUGGGAGCUUUCAGCAAUGACAACGAAUAGCAACAUCAGCCGUCCAAUUCUCUCUUCCCAUGGAUAAUUUGGUGUCAUGCUCCUGGCUGCCUUCAACUCCUUGCCUUGCAAAUGUCACCUUCUGUCUUCCUCCCUGUGCAUGAAAGUUCAGCUUAUUCAAAAAAAAAAGGAGCACUACUUCAACACAAAGAUCUCUUUACUGACCAAUAUUGGGAAGGGUUUUUUUGCCUAUCCCACUGCCACACUAGUUGCAGCUAUAACUUUGCCAAAACCUUGAUUUAAAGGUAGCAUGCACGCAGAAUCAGAUAAUGCAUACUACAAAAAAGAACACCAGAUGUGUUUUUGCUCUCAUAGCUGAAGGUUACAUCUGACAGCUAUCUACUGGUAUAGUAUCUUUUCAUUUAAUAGCGUCAAAAGAAAUAUAAAUCUCAGGACUGUUACAAGACCAGCAUAUGUUUCAUAUGCGCUACAGAAUCAAAGGUGAACAAAGCAAGGACUCAUCAGAAUUCAGCUUCUCUAUGUCUCAGCAAUUUUGAGUGCCUAGCUCUCAGUAUUAAUGUAAGAACUGAACUGGUUCCCUAUCUUAAGCCAUUUUCUUUGCUUCUCUGAGCACAGAAAAAAAUUGCCUAGUCUUACACAUUUUGGGGGUUGACCAGCUUGUUUUCUGCAAUGGGCAUCCGGACGAUCUCCAUAUGAUACUUAAGCACUUGCCACUUUUACAGUGGUAGAGAUCAGAGUCUUCAGUGGAAGAAAGUAGGAUGAGGACUAUCUGGCCAAGCAAGGAGUGGCAUCCAACAUUCUGUAAGACUGAAUCAAUUUUUUUUUCUGCGUGUUAUGGGAGUAUUCAUCACAAGAUCUGAAAUGCUAUCACCCAGUUUAAUAUGUAUAAGCAAAAACUCUGAAUUUAUAAAUACCAGGGUGGGGGAAGAAAAACUGUGUCAGUACUUUAUAUGGCUAGAGGACAAGUGAUGGACUAAUACAGAGGGUAUGAGGAUUUAGGGUCUGCAGUCCACAAAUUAAGACUCUAAUUGAAAAAAAAUGUAUAAAUUAGUGGCUAAAAGGAGGUGAGCUGGAGUGUUAUCAGUUCAAAUCUUGGUGUGGCCAUGGACUUGCUAAACACUGCCGGACAAGCCACACUUGAUUUCAACCUCACAUCAGAAAUAUAGGAGUAACACUUUCUUGCCAUAUGGGAAUAUUGUAACAAUUACAAUAUACAAUAAGUGAAAUGUUUUGAAUAUUCAAAAGUGCUAUAUAAAUGCUGCAUAUUUAUUAAAAUUGGGUUUCUUCAUUACUCUUAUUAAACAAGGUUUUUAACUAGUCAGGGUAAUCCAAGUGCCUUAAAAUUGUCUAAUUCAAUUGCUCCAUGAGAUUAUUUAACCUGGGAUCAAAACAGCACAGUAUUUAUGUUAAUCUUUUGGGGGGAAAGCUAUUUACAGCAAGGUUAAUUUCAUCUGUCCCCCAAUUAACAUUGUGUGUUGUGAUGCAUGAAUAAGGUGGCCUUAUAAACAUAGCAGUAUAAGAAAAAUAAAAGUUAAUAUAGGCAGUGUAGUAAACUUAUAUACAUGUAUGCAUAGAUUAGAUUUCUUACAAAUGCAUGUAUAUUACAUUAAAGAUGGAUAUGAACGAGGCCAACACAAAACCAUAUAAUAGAGGCUUUCUGGUGCACAUGCAGCUUGUUCCUCAGUUUUUACUUCUAUAAAAAGUGUACAAGUUUAUCACUUGGUAAAAGAAUAAACUGUCAUAGAGCUAGGCACCUCAGGAUAAUUUUUCUAUCUUAAAACAUAAUGCAGUUCAUAUGUCCAACUACCCCUGACUUUAUGUCAGAACUAGGCAAUGUUUAUUACAACAUGAUAAAGGACUGAUCCAGAUACCCUGUCUGAUUUUUUUCAGUUUUCUUUUACCAUAUAUCUUUCAUUUUUUGAAUGGACUUAGGUUAAAUGAAAGCAGAAUGUUUGUAGGCUGACACCUCCCCCCCCCCCGAUUAAUCAUUAGUUGUCUCACACAAUUCUUAAAAAGUAUUAUCAAUUGUUCUUUUCAGAUUUAUCUGAAAAAAGUACAACUUAGUAUAUGGAGAAUCACAAACCUGGUCUGCAAGGCAACCUAUGGAGACGCUGUUAAUAGUCUUUUUUGAACCAAGAAGAGGUUUUUUUUCUGUAUUUGCUCAACAAUGGACAGUUGAGUUAGGUUAAUAAUAUUUUUAUUAUAGGAAACAAACUGGGUGCCUUUUAUUUAUUUUCAGUAUUUUUAUCUUCAGUUAUGGACAUACUGUGCUUUUCUCAACCAUCAAUUGUUCAGUUUUGUUUUUACUUUCAGUUGUCAAUUUUUUAAAAAAAAUUCUUUUCAUUGGAGCAAUUCUGAAUUGAAAUUAAAAUAUAACAGAGUGAAAUGUUUGUUUUGAAACCCUGGCUAGCUUCAGUAAACAGAUUAUUUUUCUUUGUGCCAACAUAGCUACAUCUGUGACUCAAGUUACUAUGCCUCAAAUUCAGGCAACAGGAAUAUUAGUUUCAGGUGAAUUUAAUAUUGAUUACCUGAAUUUAUGUUAAUGGACAAAUUCCUGUUUAUUUUUUACUCCACUUGGUACUCUGAGAUGUAUUUGAGAUUAUAACUCCCCAAAUUCCAAAAUAGCAUAAUUGAACAUGUUUUCUGGGAAUCCUUCUAGUAUCAAUACAUCUGGAAAGUAUGAGAUUAGAGAAGGUUAGAAUUUUUAGUUGCAUUAUCAAACUACAAAUUCCAACUUUUGCUUCAAAAAGAAAGGGGUCUGUGUAGUAUGCACUUCUACUUCAGCCCACAUAAUAUUUAUGUUGAAAAUUAAGUUCUUACCAUUAAAAAAAAGAAAAAGCCAAGCCCAUUUGAAAAAUAAAAUAAAACCAGUGUUUAUUGAAAAGCGGGGAAAGUCAGUGUUAAGAGAAUCGUAAGGAAAAUUGUCAGUGGGGUUUGGAAAACAGUGCACAUGCUCAUAAUGUGUUUUGGAAUAAAGAUUUCACAACUUUAAAAAUAGAACAACUUUGAAGACUUAUGAAAAUGGCUUGGGAGAGACAAGUUACCUUUUUUGGCUCUGCUAAAACAAAUGUAUCGUGUACCGGUAUUUAUUGAAAAAAGAAAAAGAAAUAAAAACUUACAAAACUUG